UGUCAGAAAACGAUUAAAACACAUCAGAACAAAUUGAGAAACAAUCAGAAUAUACGGUCAGAACAUGAACAAAACAUAAAAGAAAAAAUCAGAACAAAGAGUAAAAACAGAAUAAAAUCCGAACACGAACAAAACAUUUAUCAGAACAAAAUUCGAACAUUAUUUUCCAAUUUAUUUUAAAGGGAUUAAUUUAACCGGAAUGUAUGCCAAUCCAAUAGUAGCCUGGGCACUUACAUUUAAUUGUGGAGAGGUAACACACCUUGCCCAUUUUAUCGUUUAUUGGCUUGCCCCGUUGUUUGCCUUUUUCCUAUCCAAAUGGCUUUUGUAG